AUGUCUUCCGACUAUCCGGAACCCCCGUCACACAACUUAGCCGACUCACACAGCCAUGGUGCACCACUGGGGGAUCGGCCCGGUGUCGAUAUGUCACACGCAGCCGAGACCUCCGCCGAACCCGACGACAUCAAAAGACCACGCGCCUGUGAGCCCUGUCGCCAGUUGAAAGUCCGCUGUGACCCGGAUCCAACGCACCCACAUGGCUCGUGUAAGCGUUGCGCUAAAGCGCAUCGCACAUGUAUCACCACGGCGCCGACUAGGAAGCGCCAGAAAAAGACCGAUAGUCGUGUGACGGAGCUGGAGCGGAAAAUCGACGCCCUGACAGCCACCCUACAAGCUUCCCAUAACAAGCCAUCCAUGGCUCCGCCGCCACAACCGCAACACUCUUUGUAUGAUACACAUACCAAUGCCCCAGUUGGAGGAACUAAACGCAAUCAUGAUGGAUUUCUUGCUUCACAGUAUGCUCGCUCAGAUAGUCCUUCCGCGCAACAGCUCCCUAGACCCUCGGAGUCUGUGCACUGGCGUGGCCCGUAUGCUGGAGACAUUGUGCCUCCAGAGCCGGCUGCAAAUGCCUUUGCUGAUGUUAUUGAUAAGGGCAUCGUCGAUAUUGAGUCGGCCAGUGCCGCAUUCCAGCGCUAUGUCACCCGCAUGGCGCCGGAGAUGCCAUUCGUGAUUAUUCCGCCAGGGACUACCAUGGGUGAUGUGCGUCGGGACAAGCCCGCGCUAUUUCUGGCUAUUAUCGCUGCGGCAAUUGGUCCGUUCAAAAAGGAUGUACAAGUCACACUUCUUAAUGACGCUUACCAAACAAUUGCCGAUCGCGUGGUUGUCAAGGGAGAAAAAUGCUUGGAGUUAGUACAGGCGUUGAUGGUUUGCUCUAUCUGGUAUCUACCGCCAGAUAAACUGGAAGAGUUGAAAUUUUACCAAUUGGUUCAUCUCGCCGUGAUAUUAUGUAUGGAUCUUGGUCUGAAUCGCCCUGUUGGCAAUGAACCGAGGCCUUUUGUGAAACUCCGCGAGCACCUGAUCAAAAAGCCGCCUGGAGACAUGAAAGGUCCAGAGGCGAGAAGAACGUGGUUAGGAUGCUAUUUCAUGUCGGUACAAGUUUCUACUGCUUUAAGGCGAACCCAGCUCCUGAGGUGGUCAAGCUAUAUGGAUGAAUGUGUUGAGACCCUUAAAAGCCAUCCCGACUCUUUACCCACCGAUCGCCAGGCGAUAUGGUGGGUGAAGUUGGCUUUUAUUAUGGAAGACGCUAGUACGCAGCUUUCCGAUGAUACCGAGACGCUUUCGUCCUUCAUCGAUAGCAAGGUCCGCUAUACCAUUCGAGGAUUUGCCAAUCAGCUGUCACAAUGGAGGAGAGACAUCCCAGACGACAUUUAUUCAGACGUUCUGGCGCACACUUAUCAUGUGCUUAAUCUUUUUGUACACGAAACCGCGAUGGGCAUCGACUGCAAAAAUAACGGCAUCAUAAAGUCACCCUCAGGUGAUCAGCUCCCAUCAUCCGCGAUUGCUCCACUCAUCGAUGCUUUGACCACUUGUAUCAGCUCGAUUCACCAAGCAUUUGACAUUAUCAUGAGUGUCGAUCCGGAUAGACUUACAUGUCUGCCAACAGUGGCACUGGCCCGAACAUCGUAUCCCCUUGUGAGCCUGAUCAAGAUACAUUGUCUUCUCACCGUGCCGGACAGUCGCAUCGGCCAAGUCAUCGACAUAGAGAGUUUGAAGCUGGAGUACUACCUCGGCCAUAUCACAAACCACUACCGAAAAGCCGCCUCGCUCGGCGGCGGUCGCGCGGCCGCCAAAUUCGGAAACAUCAUCACCAUGCUAAGGACUUGGUAUAUCAAACAGAAGGACAACGGUCCCGCAUUGAGAGAAAUAUUUGCAACAGAAACAAAUGAAGCCGCCGAAGUUAAGCAACCGAUGCGAGGAAGUACCACCCCUCUCGAGCUUCUCAGUAUAGUAGCAUCCUCCGGUCGAACAAAACAGGACACAGUAGAUCCCUUCUCCGAACGCCGAAACCAAGCAGUCUACACACCAUCAACCCUAACACCCGGUCUCCCAUCAACCCAAUCACCAAACCCAGCAACCAGACUAGACCCUCUAAACCACCUCCCCAAGCCAGAAUCAACCUGGGCAACACCCACCUCCUUCUCACCAUCCAUCCACAACCCAUCAAUAUCAUCAAUGACACCAACCUCGACCACCGAGACAGAUCAAACCCGAGGAUUUUACCAAUACCCGCAGCCCUACACAACGCCAAACCACAACCAACAACCACCAUUGCAAGAAAUGCCAAUGGCCAGCGGCACCGCUGCCAGUGGCAGUGCCGGAAUGCCCAUGGCGCCCAUGAUGGGCGUGCCCGGUAACGAAAUGGCCAUGGAUCCCAACUUCGGUCCGGAGAGUUUCUUCGCGCUGGAAACUAUGAUGGAUGAGGGGUUGUUCACUUUCCCGCUUUCGUUUGAGAAUUUCAAUGCUUUGCAAUUUUAG